GUAAAAAGCUAAGGGAUAGUACCCAGGCCCUGAGUUGAAGCCCUAGUACUGACACACAAAAAAAGUGCUAUAACACCAGAGUAGAUGAAAGGUGGAAUGUUUCCAGCCUCACUGGCCUCAUCCUCACAGCCAGUUCCUCAGACCUUUUUCUGAGACUUAUUUAAAAAGGGGAACAACAAAAAUUAUAUCGGGUCCUAGUUCAAGGGUAAAAUAGAUUCCUUGUGUAAUUGCUCCAACACAAAUGGAGAGGGAGAACAGAAUGCCUGUAAUCUCAGCCACUGAAAGAACGUGGGAGGAAGGCAGGAGGAUCACAAGUUUGUCAGUAACAAGUAAAACAUUAAAAAUAAUACUAAGGGAGAAGGAAGAAAGCCACAGUAAAGAAACCCUGUACUCACAUUCCAUGUCUUUGCAUCUCAAUCUGUUUUGAAUGAUUAGCUGGACCAUCUUUUGAGAGGACCUUCUGUAACUGCAUAUAUAUCACUCCGAGUCUUUUUUAUUCUUUAUUUUUUUAAAAAGAUUUUUGUAUGAUGUCAGAGUUUGGGUAAAGGCAAUACAAGAAUAUCUUUAUACAAACUUGUGUGGUCUUCUCAAUGAUUUCUUUGUCCUGUCUAAUUGUGCAGCAUGUUUGCAAUUCAUUUUCCAUCUCAAGAUGAUCCCAGUUCCCUUCUUGGUCUUCAGUGGUUCUGUGGUCUGUGAGGUGGGGACCCGGGGGCCAUCCCCCUCUGCACCUUCGCAUGGAGUGUUCGAGAACAGCCAUCAGAAGAGACCAAACAUUUCCCAACAAGCCAGCCCGCCAUGGGUUUUCCAACUUUACCACUGCGCCACGUUUACCAAGAGGAAAUGAAAGCUUUCCCUAGACAUCUUAUGGAAGAAAAGAAAAACCGUUUCUGAGAAAUAAAUGGACCAGCCUGUGUGUCAUUUCUCCCUGGGGUGCCCAGGGAAGACGCUCUGGAGCCGGGUUUGCUAAAACAGCUCAGCUCUCUGGAGACAGGAUCACACAGCCCUAGUGAUGGUACCACCUCCUGAAAAUGUCAGGAUCAACUCUGUUAAUUUCAAGAACAUUCUACAGUGGGAGCGGCCUGCUUUUGCCAAAGGGAAUCUGACUUUCACAGCUCAGCAGAAAAGUUACCAGGGAUCCCAGAAUGUAUGCAAGAGUACCGUCUCGACACAGUGUGAUUUCGUCAGCCUUUCCAAGUAUGGCAAUUACACGUUGAGAGUCAGGGCUGAAUUUGCAAAUGAACAUUCAAAGUGGGUGGACAUCCUCUUCUCUCCUAUGGAUGACACCCUCCUGGGGCCUCCUGGAAUCCAUAUAGAAGCCAUUGCAGAUUCUUUACACAUACAUUUCUCAGCCCCCCAAGUUGACAAUGAACCUGGACCAUGGACCAUAAAGGACUUUUAUCCCUCAUUGGCUUACAAGGUGCAAUACUGGAAAAAUGCAAGUGAGGAGAAGAUGCAAGUUACUUUUACACAUGACUUCGAGGUCCUCAGAAACCUGGAGCCCCGGACAACUUACUGCAUUCAAGUUCAAGGAUUUGUUCCCAAUAGAAACAAAACGGGGCUGUGGAGUGAGCCAGUCUGUAAGCAAACAGAGCACGAAACUCCACCCUGGUUAGUGGCCAUCAUCCUCAUGGUGUCUGUCUCCGCGGGCUUCCUGGUGCUCACCGGCUGCUUUGCUUUGCUAUGGUGCAUUUACAAGAAAACGAAGUACACCUUCUCCCCUGGGAACACUCUUCCGCAGCACCUGAAAGAGUUUUUGGGCCACCCUCAUCACAGCACACGUCUGUUUUUCUCCUUUCCACUCUCUGAUGAGAAUGAAGUUUUCGACAAACUAAGUAUCAUUACAGAAGACUCGGAAAGCAGCAAGCAGAAUCCUGGCGGCGGUGACAACCCGAGAACCCCGUCUGGGCCAGGACCUCCAGAGACAGUUUCCAAGGAAGAAACACUCUCAGCCAGUCUGGAAGAUCCCACACCUCUCACAUCGGCCCCAGAGGUGUGAUCAGAGAGAGCUACUACCUGAGCAAACUCCACUUCUAUACAUCUUAGGCUCGGGAUUCGUUCACACAACCAAACAGCUAGUUUGAAUGGCUCAAGCGACAGAAAUGCUCUCAUCUUGGGAACUCAUUGCUUUAUGAAGACUGAUUUUUUUUUAAUGGCCACUGAAAAACCAUCUCUUAUAUUUAUUAAACUAUGAAUUGCA